AUGGCAAGCUUGGUUCGUUCUACAGCUGAGCCCACCGUGAGCAGCUACAACGCCGUUUGCUCCGCAUUGGCUGCAGCCAUGCGCUGGGCGCAGGUCCUCCACACCCUUGCUGGCAUGAGGCACCUGGGCGCGCGGGCGGAAGUCGCGGGUUACGGAGCCGCCGUGAAGGCUUGCUCCAUGACGAGGAGGUGGCAAUAUGCCGUGCACCUUGUGCUGGCCAUGCGUGGCUUGAGGGUGGUGGAUCUGCAGGCUCUCCGCGACGUACAAGCAGCUGUCGAGCUUGUGCACAUGCCGGUCGCAGAUCAGCCGGUCAGCAAUGCGCAGCAGAGGCGGCGGAUUGAUAACUCCUUGGCAUCCAUGUCUUCCGCUCUGGCAAGUUUGCUGGAGGGCAGAGACGACAGCGAAGCCCCCGUCGACCUGGCGAGCCCCGAGCAGCGAGUGGUACUGGAAACGUUGGCUGGGAAGCUGGGUGCCAAGAACCUGGCAGAGGCGCUGAAAGUUCUGAAGGAGCCUGCGCAGCUCAUUGACGCGGAGUCUGGCCCGAGGUUAUUGCAGUCAAUGCUGGACAAGGACGCGCCUUUCGAGGUGUUCGUCUCCAAUGUUGAAGCAUACCGCCGGGAUCGGACUCGGAGAAUCGAGGCUGGCGACGAAUCUGCCAAGCUGAGCUUUCCGAAGCCCCAGGCGAAGCAGGCUGCCGCACCAGCGAAGGUAAAGCAACCUGCACAUCCCCCGCCAAAGCCGCCCGCCAAGGCAAUACCCAAGCAGCCAUCACAGCCGCCGAAGGCACCCGUGCCCAAGAAGCCAAGGGAGCCUUCUACACCACCGCCGAAAGCUUUGGUCAAGAGGAUCGCGAAGGCGCCGGCAAAGGGAGGCGCCGCCACCGUGACCGUGGCCAAGGCGCCGCAAAAGCGGCCCAUGCCAGAGGCUACACUGCCUCUUGCGAAGAGACCGCGGCCGAUCGGUGCAAGCGCGCAGCCGCCGAUCGUCAAGACGCCUGCACCACCUCACUCACCCUCAUUGUUUGAAGUGGAAUCGCGCGGGCGCAGUGUCGGCCUUGCGAGAGACCAGGAGCCGGGAGUGAUGCGAGAGAUGGAACCUGGUACUGAGUCGGAAGGCGAAUGCCGGCAGAUUUUCGACGUCUGGUCCUGGAACUUCGAUGCUGAGUUUGGCCAGCUCUUGGCGGCCCUCUCAUCGGCUAGUGAUGGCGCGGUGUUGGCCCUGGAUACUGAGUUCCCGGGCUUCCUGCGCGAAGAGAAGCAGACGGCGAAGCGCUCCGCAAGGUACGCAGCGCUGCGCCAGAACUGCGACAAUCUUCGGCCAAUUCAGCUGGGCAUCUCUGUGUCCCAUCGUGACGGAUCCCUCUGUGGGACCUGGUGCUUCAAUCUUUCCUUCGACGUCUACACGGACCUCUACACAGAGGCGUCCGUCGCCUUCCUGACUGCUGCGGGUUUGGACUUCCCGCGCCACGCCGCAGAGGGCAUUGACCCUGCAAAAAUCGGAAGGAAGCUCCGAGCCUCACCGCUGGUAGGUCAGCAGGGCUGCAAGCACCGCUGGGUCACUUUCCAGGGAUGGUACGACUUCGGGUACAUGCUCCGACUUUUGACCCAUCGUCGACUGCCUCCGGACUAUACUGCUUUCGAGGAGCUUCGUAGCAGCUUCUUCACUGACCGCUAUGAGCUUCGAGAUGAGCUCCCGCGAGGGUCCCUCGACAGCCUUCUCCGCGACUUUGGAGUGGAGCGCUACGGAACGCCGCACACAGCGGGCAGUGACGCAUUGGCGACGCUGGAGCUUUUCUUCGAGGUCACACGAGAGGGUCCGAAGCGCUUCCUCUCCGCGGCCUCGGGCGGUUCUGAAGCGUCAACAGCAGCUUCGGCCUACAUGCUGGAGACAGGCAGCGGGUACUUCCAGGACUCCUCAGGUUAUAGCUAUGGCCAGGGCGGCUGGAACGACGAGGUAGGACACAUCGGCUCGGAUGUGGCACCAAGCACUGGGUUCGAGCUGAAUGAGAUGGACCUGCAAGGUGAGAGCAGCCGAUGGAACGAGGGAGCCUUCAUGUCCGUGGACGUUGCCGUUGCACCCCGGGCAUGGGACGAGGCGCCGGCGCCCUACCUCGACAGCCCGACUGGCACAGGCCAAUGGCCGCUGCUCAGCACGCCCAGUCCCGGGCCGCCCAUGCAGGCACAGGCCAUGGCUUGCCCACCGCAGCCAAUGGCCUGCCAGGCACCGCCCAUUGGCAUGGAGGUCAGACCACUGCAGCCUCUGAGACAAACGAAGCAGCCUCAGGACGACGCGCAGGCGGUCCUGGCGGCCGCCGGUGCGGGCAUGGCAGCUGCUCUGCUGGAGGACCCAGUUGAGCAGCAGACGCAGCAAGAGGCAGCAAUGCAGAGCUUGCUAAUGCCAG